CUGCUGAUUGAAUGGGUUUAAGUACCAGAACAGAGGAGUCAGUUCUUCAUUCUGAACCUCACUCAGCAGCUGCAGAUACAAGAAAAUCUUCGUAACAGCUAACCAAAGGUAAAAUGCAGACCCUACAGUCGCCUCUUCUAGUCCUCCUGCUGUGCUGCUGCCUCUCAGGAAACCUUGCCAACCGUGUCUACGUUCACCCCUUCUACCUUUUUGCUGGUGAGAAUAUCAGCUGUGAGACCCUGCAGGAUCAAACUGUUAAGCCUCUGGAGACUCUUCCUGUUACUCCACUUGAUAAUAUAGUCUUGACACCAGACAGCAGGGACUCAUCAAAACUGGAUGCUCAGAGGCAGAACUCCACAGAGAGAAAAGCAGUUUUGGCUAAACUGAUGAACUUUUUGGGCCUGAGGAUUUAUGAUGCGCUCAGCAGGAAGAACAGCAGCAACAUCCUUCUCUCUCCAAUAAACACUUACGGGUCACUUGCCACCCUCUACCUGGGAGCCUCCAAGAAAACAGCAAACUCUUUCCAGCUUCUUCUCGGCCUGAAUCGUGACACAGACAGAGAAGACUGCGUAUCCUUUGUGGACGGACACAAGGUUCUCAGUACCCUUCAGAGCUUUAACUCUCUGGUGGAUGAUGGACCUAAAGAUGAAAUCACUACGCAAGUCUGGGCCUUCGCCCGUAAGGAUGCUCAACUCUCUGAGGACUUUAUUCAAGGCACACAGGACUUCUCAGAUACGUCAUUCAUCCGGGGUGUGGAUUUCUCCAAAUCCCAGGAAGCAGAGACGCUUGUGAACACCUUUGUGGAAAAGACUUCAAAUGGGAAGGUGAAGAAUGUCUUCAAAGAUCUAGACCCAAGCAGCGACCUUCUGUUCAUGUCCUCCUUCAACUUCCAAGGCAACUGGAUGACAGCUUUCCAACCAGAGAGGACCUCCCUGCAGGAGUUUCACGUGGAUGACACAACAACAGUAAUGACUCCUUUUAUGACCAGCACAGGUCUUUACCACUACCUAAAUGAUAAGGUGAGGAGGUGCACCGUUGUGAAGCUCUCUCUGAGCAAACGCUCCCAUAUGUUGUUGGUCCUGCCUCAUGAAGGCGUCAGUCUCCAUGACAUCGAGUCAAAGCUGCUCACUGAUGUCAUGUCUAGCUGGCACCAAAACCUCCAGGAAGGUCUCUUGGAGCUGUCACUGCCAAAGUUUUCCAUGUCAACUGUGACUGACCUGCGCGAUUUGCUGGCAAACAUGAAUCCAGUUAUCGAGACCGAGCUGUUGGGCUCCCUGGCUGAGUUCAGCCAGCUCAGCAACAUCAAACCCUUCACUGUCAAUAAGGCCAUCAAUAAGGUGCUGUUUGAGAUGUCAGACAAAGAAGCAGAACCUCAGGACAAGAAACAGGAAGCAGGCAUCCCUCUGAAGCUAUCAUUCAACAGACCUUUCUUCUUCUCUGUUGCUGAAGGAUAUUUUAACUCCAUCCUCAUUCUGGGCAAGAUCACCAAUCCUACUCUCUAAUGGUGGAUCGUACUUAACAUCAAAUAAAGAAGCAUCUGAUUAUAUUCAGCACUAAAGGCUUUAUAAUUAUUUUCAAAACUUAGCUGAACUCCUAACAAGCUGAAGCAGGAACCUGUCUCAGUAUUUAUAAAAAGAAGUUACUUUCAGCUGACUUCUUUCAGUUGGUUAGUUUAAAUUCUAGUUUUUCUUCUCUGAAGUUCAUAAUGGCAGGAGUCUGUACAGUAUUUGUUAGUACAGCAGGUACAAUCACCAUGGUUGUCUACUUCAAAUGAAAAACUUCUUGUAUAUUGUGUGUUUAUUUUUGUUUUAUGACUUUUGAUUGCUGAAAUAAAGAAAACAUUUCUUGAUUUAA